AUGCUGGCCCCUACUCCGCGUGUCGGCAUCAUGCCUUCCAAGAUUCUUGGGGCCUGGAGAUGCGUGCGAUGCUUUCACCAGUCCAAAACCAAGCUCUCGACUACUGCUCGUCCUCCUCCUCCUUCUCCAACCCCCUUUGUGCCCAAUGUCGAGACUUUUUUGUCCCUAAUCGGCCGCGACAUGUCCAAACACGCGAGCAAAUUUUCGUCCUGGGAAAGUCUCUUCUCGCUCACAUCACCGGAACUACGAGAGCUCGGCAUCGAACCCGCACGGCAACGGAGGUAUCUUCUUCGGCAACGCGAGAAGUUCAAGAAUGGAGUAUACGGGCCCGGAGGCGAUUUGGAGACCGUCGUGGACGGGGUCGCUCAACUCCGGGUCGUUGAGGUGCCGGCAGACAAGACAGAGUCGAACAAUCGCGAAGUGCCUCGAGCAUCUGCCACACUGACCCCUGGUAUGCAAAAGCGAAUUGUCAAUCUGCCACCCGAUGCGGAAGCGUACGAACACAGCAAAUCGAAUAUUCUCAAGAAGUUUGCGCACAUGAAGGUCCACCAGGGAACUAUGGUGAAAGGUCCGUAUCUCCAGGCUAUCAAAGGCACAAAUGGGUCAGCGGCCUUGAUAAAAGUUACCGAGGGGAUGUGGGAAGACAAACGCGGUCAAAAGGUUGACGGUGGUGAGCGACGUCGUGCCGAGGUGCGAGCAAAGAAGAGAAGCGCCGAGAGACGCAUGGCUAGUUCUUGA